AUGGCGACGCCUGCCUUCAAUGCAACACCGUCGACGCUUAGCGUCUACGUGGACGUAGAUCUAACCGCCGCCAACUGGGUUCUUGUUUUUUGUAUGGCCGUAAUUUCGGUCAUCACGGUACUAGGAAACCUUAUUGUGCUUAUGUCGUACUACCUGGAUAAAAACAUUCGGCAUCCAUCAAACUAUUUCAUUUUUUCAUUGGCCAUAUCCGAUUUGGUGAGUAAUCUGCCUUUCGCUUGUAUAUUUUGUUUUUAAUUUUACUAACAAGGAAAGUACCCGGUCCGCCACGCUCUCAUUGACUUCAAGCUUUUUAUUUAGAAAGAUCAUGUAAAUAUAAGAUAUUAAGCAAAGUAUUAAAUUGCACUUUGAGGGAAAUCUGAAGAAAAUCGAGAUCAAAAAAUGACGUUUUGAAUUUUCUGCCAAGUUGACAUUGUGUUUCAGGCUUAUGAAAUUGCCAAUUUUUGACAUUUGGGAAUUUUUCUUUGAUAUACUAGUAGAGUACCUUUAAAUGAACCUACAUUUUUGAAUUUGUAAGGGUAGAUUGGCUGGAAAGUCGAAAAAAGUGCUGGAAACACAAUGCCAGCUUUGCCAAAUUGGCGGGAAACCCAAAUAAUUCAAAUUUAAAACUAAAAAACGCGAGCUAAAAUUUUUUAUGGGUACUAAUGGUAGUACAAGGAAUUCAUAUAAAAAUUUAGAGCUGAUUCUGAGUGGGGCCGGUAGGGCACUUUCACUGUAAGUUUAUAUUAUUAUUAAUAUUUUGUUGAUGGUGAAAAGUCUCGAGAAAUAGAAAAAAAUAAAAGUUUUAAGUUUACGGAAAAAUUAAAGCGGUUGUGUAUGCGCAAUUUUUAUAGUUUUUAAGUCUUAUUUUACCGUUUGAUAAUUUUAUGAGUUUGAAAUUUCUUUAUAAAACUUUUAUUUUAACUUCAAUUUUUAACUUUGAAUGUGUUUUUCCAUGCAAUUGUCUUUGCUAUUCGCAGCGUUUAAAAAGCCUCUAGCGCCGUAGGGUAUUGAGGCAAUUAGACGGUAAUUCCCAUCCGAAAAGAGAUUCAUUUUUGAGAGAUGUCAUCGGAUUGAUGGAAGCGUGUGUCCAUGAUAAAAUGCCUCUGGCUGAAGCAAGUCAUGUUCAAUUAAGUCUGAGAUUGCGUAUGAAAUUUUAAAUUGUGGUAGCAGAAAGACUGAUAAGGCUCGUGUUGAACCUCAAGGGAUUUUUGUAACAUUGCCAAAAAAUUUCAAAAAAGAAACUUUUGUAUUACUAUACGCCUUAUUAUAUUUUGAAACGUUUAGCUAUUUUUAACGCUUUUAAAAAUUUAAACACUUAAUCUUUAGGGGUUAAGGAAAAUGGCGACGUGGGUGAUUUGUUGCACAAUAUAUCAUUGGAAUUGUUUCCAGUAGGAUUAAGCACUUCUUAAAAGUUCAGUGCGUAGAAACCGAAAAUAUUACGUAUCGAUGACCGACAAAUUAUUCAAAAGUAUUUCCAUACAAAAUAAAUUUCUAGGGUUGCUCCGAAAAUUCAGUUGUAAAAAGUUUAUUAUAGAAUUUUAAGAAAAUUAAAAUGGUGCUCUGUCACAAAAAUAAAAGUAAAUCGCAUUGAUAAAUUGAGGGCUUAGAAAAGCAACAUUGUGAUUAAUGUACUGUUUGUAUUUUCUUUUCUUACAGAAGGAAGGUUUUUCAACGUUUUUUUGAAUGAAAAAUUCAUGGUUAACAACAACUAUUAAAAUUAUUUUUUUAUCUUUUCUCAUCUCAUAUAUUAAUCUACUCUAUAAAUCUUAACGCAUUGAUUUGAGUUUUACUAACGUAUGAGAAAAGCUUUGAAGCCACUGAAAAGUUUACACUUAAUUCAAAUAUAAACUCUCCUGUAGUUUUUUUUGCCUAAACGAGCAUGUUCUUUUAACGCAAUUUGAAAGUGGCUUGUGCUAUAAUUUCCUCCGCGUAAUCCUUUCAAGCCCGUGAUCCUUCAACGCAUAUGUUCUGCCGCAAUUCCCCUGUGGCUUCCGCGCGUCUGGUGAUGAGCCGCAAAACACUCGACCCGAAGGCGUUAACACGCUGACAUUGGCUCAUUCGGCAACGAUUCAUCAAAAUGCAUUCGUCGGCCUGAUUUGUCAAGGGAAUUGCCGUCACAGCCAAAGGGUCAACAGUUUACGGUCUUGUUGCUAAAAAUUUUAUACAAUAAACAAACAUUUCGAUUACGAAAAGCCCAGACUCUUGAAUAAAAAAUUGAAUUUGUUCGACUUUUGAAUUUUGACUACUGAAGAGAAAUAACAAACAAAAAUACACGUUAAGUGACUAGAAAUUCGUUGUCUUUUUUAGCAAAAUCUAAUAAGUGCGUUUCAGGUUAUUGGGUUAGAAGGUAUCCCGGUGUACACCUAUUUCUUUAUUAAAGAUCAGCACUGGCCUUUUGGUGCGUUUUUAUGCGAUUUAUGGCUAUCGAUAGAUUAUUCCUGUUGUUUAGCGUCUAUUUACACCGUCCUUGGAAUUACAAUAGACAGGUAAGACAGUAAAAGUAAAAUGAGUAUAAAAUGUGUGAUAUAACAGGACCACUCACAACCGCAACCCUGAUUUGUAAACAUUUUAAAACCGGGAAAAAUUAAUUGCACAGAACCUUAUAAAAAAAUUUUUAUAAUAUUUUUCAAUUAUUUUAUAAAAAUAUUGAUGUAAAAGAUAACAAAUCAUCAAUAAAAAACUUUUAGGUAUUGUUCAGUUAAGUAUCCCGCGGCUUACAGAAAUUGGCGGACUCAACCACGAGUAUUGUCAAUUAUUGCGGCAACAUGGAUAGUACGUGAUUUUUAUUUUUCAGUAUUAUUUUUAUUUAUUAGUAAGUUUCUAUAAGAUAUAAAAAUUCUUUUGCUUUACUUUUUUUGUUUUUUAGAUUCCAAGUGUUUUAUUCUCGGUUUCAAUAUUCGGGUAUGGGGCGUUCUCUGGCAAAGGACGCAUUUUAAAAGAAGACGAAUGUUAUGUUCAAUUCAUGACUGAUCCCUACCUCAACAUGAGCAUGUACAUAGCAUAUUACUGGUCCACGCUGUUUGUUAUGUUAUAUUUGUACUAUGGAAUUUACAAAGCAGCCAAGGCGUUAGCCGUGAAAAGCGAUCAGGUACUUUUUUAAUAUAUUAUAUUUUUUAUAUAAUUUUUUUAAAUUUUCUGUAACAUAACUAAAUUCACAAUGUUUUAGAAACAAAAACGGUUAGCCGUAUUGUCAGAGAUGCGUAAAUCCAAAAAAGAAGCACCUUCGACGAUGAAUGCACUUUCAGAAGCUGUAUCCAAUAGUGCAGCUGACUCACCACCGGAUACCUCAGACUCAUUAUACUCAAAGUAAGCUUGAAAAAUUUUAAUUUAAAAAAAAUAAUCAUAAAUUUACGCCUUUUUCGAUCAUUUAUUCGCAGAAAAAUUUAUACGUUUUUCUAUUCAAAUGUUCAAAACUAGGAAAUUUUGUGGUUUACUAGCGACUAAAUUAAAUUCCAACGGCACUUUUAUCCAGCCAGUUUUUAUCGCGCGCAAAAGUUUUCAUUCGUUUUUUUUAUUUUACAUCUCAAAAUUUUAAUAAAGAAACAGAUAACAUUGCGCCAAUUUUCACUAAACUUUGGAAAUAGCAACGUACAUGUAUAAAGUAAAAUAUAGAGAUCAAAAAGUAAUCAAUAUUUUAAAAAACGAUUAAUUCAUUCAUUCAAUGUAACAUUUAGGACAAAUUUAUCAAAACUUGCUCAAGAAAAUGGUAAAAUAUUAAAAGUUACAAGUAGUCAACAAAACUGCAUUAAAAGUGACAAAGUGAAUGUGGUUGAAAAAACAUGUGAAAAAGUUGUUGAAUACAGCACAAUACAGGAGCCUAGCAUAUCGUUUUCUAUCAUGCCCAUCGAAAACGACGAAAUUAGCCUGGCGUUUAGUAUUGUUGAUGAAAUACCAUUUAUCGAUGAUGGAAACAUUGCGACAAAAAGUUUUAUAAAACGAGCAAAAACUCCGAUACCGUUAAAGGAGUACAGAAAAGUAUGUUAA